GAAGAAAACCAGAAGAAGAAAACCAAAAAUUAGCGCCUCGUGGUCAGAAAUAGUAAUUUUCUUUUUCUAUCGAUACUUCGAUUAUCACAACUCACCGAUUUUAAUUCAUAUAGUAUUCAACUCGUGAAAAAUAUAAAAAUAUCAAACAAAAAAUCAAAUCGUAAUAUCUCACGCCGCCGAUAAGAUCUCGUGUAAAUCGAAUUCGAGGUUUAAGAUCUUUCACGCAAACGAAUCUUCUCAAAAAACAAACUUGGGUGAUCAAUAUUCGGAAAUUAUCGUCUCUAAUUAACGAAGAAAUAACGCGCUGUGAAAUAAAACGUUCCGAAGUGCAGUGUUGAAGUGAUAAAAUUAUUCGCAAAAUUUUUUCUAUCAAGUCAAAGCAAUAAAUAAAUAAAUAAAUAAAUAAAGUACAAAACUGUUGUGAAAUCGCGGUGUAAAUUUGCGGUGAAGUGUCGGUGUGAAAAAUUUUGAAAUGAGGGAGGGCUGAGAGCAAUGGACCCGGUAUCAGAGGAUCAGAAAAUCGUGAUAUCCGCGGGGUUUUCACCGGUUAUGGAAAACCGUGAUCGGGGUGGUUUAAACUUGACAUCGCCGGUCGGCGCCCCGGUGAUUUACAGAAGCCUCUUCGACGGCUCGGAUGUAUUCGGCGACGUUGACAUCGAGGGUGACAAGAGUGCGGACGACAACAGUGCGGGUGAAAUCGUGCGGGUGACAGUGACGAGAAUAUUAAACGCCAGUGAUUACUACGUGAGUGGGGGUGGCGCCCCGACAACCCCGUCCGCCCCUGGCGCCCCACAAUCCGUAGACGACAACGUUCUGAACAACUGGUGGGCCAUGCUGGCCCUCGUCCUCGUCCUCGGAACGGCCGCAGGGAAUAUUUUGGUCUGCCUGGCCAUCACCUGGGAACGAAGACUCCAGAAUGUGACAAAUUAUUUUUUAAUGAGUCUAGCGAUCACCGAUCUGAUGGUUGCGAUACUGGUCAUGCCCCUUGGAAUACUUACGCUCGUUCGCGGUUAUUUCCCACUGCCGGCUGUCUACUGUCUGGCCUGGAUGUGCCUCGACGUGCUUUUCUGCACAGCGAGCAUAAUGCACCUCUGCACAAUAUCGGUUGACAGAUACCUGAGCCUCCGUUACCCGAUGAAAUUCGGACGCAACAAAACGCGCCGACGAGUCACCCUCAAAAUAAUAUUCGUAUGGCUGCUCAGCAUCGCUAUGAGCCUUCCUCUAAGCCUCAUGUAUUCGAAGGACGAUAAAUCGGUGCUGGUAAACGGAGCCUGCCAGAUACCUGAUCCGCUCUACAAGCUGAUCGGCAGUAUAAUAUCGUUCUACAUUCCGUUGGGAGUGAUGCUCCUGACCUACGCGUUGACGGUUCGUCUCCUCGCGGAACAGCGUCAAAAUAUUGGCGGAGGAGCAGGUUGGUCUUCAGGGUGGUUGGGUGGGCCCCAGGGCACGCCUGUAGGAGGUUUGGACAGAAGGUGUACAUGGAGGAGAUUGCUGAUGAACAAGGGCGGCGGUGGUGUGGUGGUCGGUGGGGGCGGUGCGGGCGGCGGGGGUGGUGGCACGCCGCAGCAUACUUCCGGCGCCUCGACAGACACGGAACUGACUACCAUCGACACGCACGAAUUGUGGUUACCGGAAAGCGACCCACCGCCUUCGGCGAUGUCGGCCCUCCACGCUUUCGGUGCCGAAAUGCUAAAGCUCUCGAGAGGCCUCGAAGGCAUGGCGGCGGCGGCUGCGGGCAGCCAAACGCCACCGACACCGAGAUCCGUUAAUCAUCAACACCUGAUGCAGCAGCAGCAGCAGCAGCAUCAGCAUCAUCACGCGAAUCUGCAUCAUCGUUGCAACUUUCGAAGCGGAUUCGACGGAAGUGCGCCAAGCAGCGCAUCGGGUUCUCGAACAAGCCUGACACUGCAGGGAGUAGAGGAAGGAUAUCCACCAACGCCGUGGCGUCAACGACGUCGAGCAUCGACGUACAACGAGGCGCACCUCAGCCGCGUGAACACACCACCGCGAACGGGCCGUAAACGAGCGUCGAGUUUCCACGUUCAGAGAGAGUUCACGCGAUCGCCAACGGCUGCCGAUGAUCGAGAGGUGCGGGAAUCGGUGGCGGCGCCACAGUCGACGGGCGGCGAAGAGAGGGGGGAAGAGAGGGCGCUGCCUCUGCCACCUCCGUGCACCUGUCCCUACUUCGGCGAGGGCUCCGAGCGCCAGCCGCGUCGUCCGUCGACCGAGUUGGUUAUCGUUUCGAGCGAUACGCUGAAACCGAUCGGCAAGGGGCCGCUCGACAUGGGCCUGCUGGCCCGGCAGCGGGGCCCGGAGUCGGGGUCCGUCGUGACGUGGAGGGGGGGACGCCGCGGCUCGAGCGUCGGUAGUACGAAGACGCUGCUGGCGCCACCUAGAGCCUCGCCGCUUCGUCGGGCCGCGACGAUGCGCGCGCACAACGGAGCCGCGACCCUAGCGGCAAAGAGCAACAAUUCGUCACCCUGUCUGAUGCGUUACGCGGGCCCAGUUCGAACCCACCAUUCCAGAACGAGUAGCGUCGUAUCAAGGAAUAGUUCACGGCACGGUAGGAUUAUCAGACUUGAACAAAAGGCGACCAAGGUUCUCGGGGUCGUCUUUUUCACCUUCGUUAUCCUCUGGGCGCCGUUUUUCGUCCUGAACUUAGUGCCCGCGUUUUGUCCCGACUGCGAGAAGAGAAUAAGUCACAAGAUCGUCGACCUCGUCACCUGGCUCGGAUACGCCAGCUCCAUGGUCAACCCCAUAUUCUACACCAUUUUCAACAAAGUCUUCAGGCAGGCCUUCAAGAAGGUUUUACUCUGCCGGUACAGAAAUCAGACUUGGAGGCCCGCCAGGUAGGCCCUGCCUAAGCGACGACCCAGGGGCGCCGCUAGUCGAGUCUGACGAUCCUAUGUGUGGGUGAAAAAAAAUACCACCCGAUCUACAUUACGAUUCCGCAUAUUUUUUCGCGAACCGCUACACCGCGAUAGAAGAUGAAAAACUGAACAACAGCUGCAAACGCUCGGUGAUUAAUUUUCUACGUAACGUUUCUAGCGCGUACUAGUGUAUCGUUCAUUUAAAUCUGCGAUUAUAGACUCUCGGUAACUUCCCGACCUCGGGGCUCUGACCAGGCUGAAAAUCCGCACCUGGUGAUAAUGAAAUCGACUCACGCGUAUAUCCAGAUUUUAAAGCGUAGAAAUUUAUCAAGAGUCAACUGUGCUCGGGGUGAUUCGAUUUUUAACGGAGGUACACGUAACAUUAUCCAUACAAAUACAUUCAUUGAGUGAUAUUCUUUCAAUCUACGAAACAAAUUUCUUCUGUGUUUGAAAACAAAUUUAUAUUUUUGCUCUGAAAUAAGGUAUAAAAAUUUUGUUUCUACGACAAUCAUUCCCACCUUCAAUACCCCGGCACAGUAUAAUGAAUUCUAGAAUUUUGCCGGCCUGUGAACUCCAAAGUGGUAUUUAUCACGAUGUAAGUGUGUAUUAUAAUUUAAAGAGAAAUAACAAUAGUAAUUAUAACGAUAACAACAACAAUAAUGGUAAUAAUAAUAAAUAUAACAAAAAUUGAGGAUAAGAACCUGCAGUCCAAUAAAUCGAUUAUACGUAUAAUAGGUAGUAUAACGAUAGUGACUGUGAGCUAAUGAAUAUAAAUUUAGAAUAAUAUUGCUAAUAAUUGAAUGAAAAUUCAAGCACGCAAGCCAUACUAGAGUACAUGAAUAAUAUUAAAUAUAAUAAU